AUGCGCGGUGUGUUUUUGAAGAAGUCCGUCUAUUACGUCGUGAACCGUGAAACGACUCCGACUUUCACCGACCCUCGAGCGCCCGAUGACUACGUCAAGGCGAGCAAUGUCGCAUUUGGUAUGAUGCUGCUGCACAUGAAUGCGGAUUACCACCAUGUGUUGAGGGGUGAAAAGCUUGACGACCGAAACUGGGAGUGA